CGAGUUUUUUACUUCUAUGAAGCAAUUUGUCUAGAAAUGCCAUUGUGUCAGCAUCGAAACAUUAAGACAUCUUCGCGCAGCUAAAUUAACUUACCUUACCAUUUAUUCCAUUUAAAAGGCCAGGAUUUUAGGCUUUCGAUUAGGAAGCUUAAUAAACUCAAAGACAAUUACAAUGAAUUACUAAGGAAUAAGGAAGAAAGGUUGAUUGUCUUGAACUUAGUACCUAUCUACUGAAUACACUUACUAAAUUUAUUCACUAUUCAAUUUGAAAAUCAGUACCUAGUUUACUUCAGAAUUUCUAAAUAUUUUCGAGUAGGUCCAAGACUACAAUACCUACAAUACCGACACAAUGUCGGAUGUUUUAGAUUUGUGCCGUAAAUUCGAAUUAUUCCUGCCAAAUGUUGAACUAUCGUUAUCAGAAGUUAUAGAAUUGGAUGGUUGUACUAAAUCACUUUUGAAUCACUUUAUAAAAAAUCCAAACACCUUGAAUCAGCGAACUUUAAUCAAAAUACAAGCAAUAAUCGACUAUAUGCAUGAAAAAAUAAAUAUUGGAAACUGGAAAGAUGUAAAAUUAUACUUGAGAAAAACAAUAACCAUUAGUUCGUAUUUAAAACUUUUAAUCUAUUGGAAAGAUCCAAAUAAUCCAAUGGACGACUUACUGAGAGAGUCUUACAAAAUAAUUGACUUUGGCCUUGUAUUUGGAUGUCCAAUAGAAAAUGAAUUACAACUCUUACAAAAAUGUGCUGGCUUAUUAAAUCCUUACUCGAGUGAUUAUGUUAGUGAAAUAUCUACAAACACCAUUAAAUUAAAGCAUAACGAAGUGAAUGUUGAACCCAAUAAAUGCAAUACAGUGCCUGUAGAUGUAAUGGACUGCCCUAGCAUGGAAACAUUCUAUACAAAUCACAUAUUAAAAGAAAAACCUGUUGUUUUGAUUAACUGUAUGAAUAAUUGGCCUGCAUUAACUAAGUGGAAUGAUCAAAACUAUUUUCUGAAGAUGGCUGGGCUUAGAACUGUGGCUGUAGAACUAGGAAGCAAAUAUACAGAUUCAGAUUGGACACAAAAAUUAAUGACUGUUGAAGAAUUUAUUAACGACCAUAUUUAUCAAUCAAACGGACCUAAGGGGUAUUUAGCCCAAUACCAGCUUUUUGAUCAAAUACCAGAAUUGAAGGCAGAUAUAAUUGAGCCAGAAUACUGUUGUUUUGCAGAAACUGAAAACCCUAUAGAUGUAAUGGCUUGGUAUGGACCAAAAGGUACUGUUUCACCGCUACAUCACGAUCCAAAGAAAAAUCUACUAUCACAAGUCGUUGGCGAUAAACAAAUUUACUUAUUCCCACCUUCGGAUUCUAAAUAUCUUUAUCCUCAUGAUCACGAAUUGUUGAACAAUACAGCAAAAGUUGAUCCCAGAGAACCAAAUUACGAAAUUUAUCCUGAAUAUAGACAUGCAAAGGCCUAUUAUUGCAAAUUAAAACCUGGACAGAUGCUGUUCAUACCACCGAAAUGGUGGCAUUUUGUUGAAUCAUUAUCAAUCAGUUUUUCUGUCAGUUUUUGGUGGGAUUAAACAUUGAAACUGAUUUACACAUUUUAUAUUUUAAACCUUUUAGUAGAAACACAGGAAGGUAUGACAGAAAUAAAUUAUUCAAUUAUAAUUAUAUAUUUGUAUACAUUUUCUAUUAU